GUCGGUUUUAAACCAACCCAUAAAAAAAUACACCUGUAAAGCUGGAUAUUACUCUGAUUUGUCGCUACGACAGACACGAAAACAAUAAAUUGUAUGUGGUACAAAAUAAAUUUGGCGCUAUUUUCUACGUUUUGCUUCUACUUCUGCCAACCAAUCACAGUACAUGUAUUAGGAAAAACAGAAAUAUUUUGGGCAUUUGCGGCAAUUUUCAUUUCCCUCUGGAUGUACAGUUGUGUACGAACAUGAAACGUGCGAGACACAGUGAUGUUUGUGAAAUUUGCCAUACUAGGAGCAUACACUGCGAAUCAUUCAGAAAUAUACAAUAGUAGAAAUGUCACCUCGCUAUCUGACUGACUGUUACAUUAAGCAAAUUUAUCUUGUAAAUGCUAGCAAGUGACAAGACUAUUUGGCUGCGGAAUAUUUCGAUGGGAUAGCUACAUUACAACUAGAUAAUGUGGAUUCUGUGUUUCUUACGGUACUUAUGAUCAUGUUCGGUAUAUUUUUGUAAAUAUUUUCUAUAUCAUAUACAGUCCAAAACAAACAAAAUAUAACCCUGUUUUAAAAUAGAGCUUCUGCUAGUUUUACUGGCACCCUGAAGGGGCAGCACUGUCCCUGGUUACAGAGCGUGGAGACGGAACUGGGAAGUUAAUUCAAUAAAUCAGUGCUUCCUAAUUGAACCGCCUCAUUUAACCUUAUGACAAUUCGUUAAGUACAUUUCAUUACAACGGCAUUCAUUUGCACUGAAUAUUGGCAAUACAUAUGUAACACUGCUGCAGCAUCGAGAGAAAAUCACGCUAGGAGUGACCUAGUUUCCUUACGUGAAAAAUGACGUUCACUAGCGAUCUGUCAACGCCUAUGAAGUCAUAGCAGGUGUGGUUAUAUUUUUGUAGCGUUACAGCAGCGACUGAACAUCUUGAGGAUAGCCGCAUGUGGUGACUUCAGUUAUGAUUCAUUGGCAGUUUGCUUACUAACUCACGGGGUCUGAACGUCACAGUUGUUGCGUUUUCAGUUGCACGAACGGUAUUGUGCUAUAUGCAACUGUAAAUAGUCGGAGAAGGAGGCAUUAUAAGAUAACAUGGAGCUGGCACGAAAAGAUCACAUUGUCAUGACACCAAAAUGCAAAACUACUGAUUCAACAACCCUUGCGAUUGAACGUAGGGCAGUUCCUUUGGAUGAUACCAAGAAUGACAAAAUACAUGUUGCUGGUGGUGACCACCAGGGAAUCAUAAUUAAUAAAGAACUGGCAAAGGAUGUGGAUGAUAGCCCAGCACAGCUGUCCCUGGAGUUCAGGGUGUUCCUCGUGAAUGCCCAGACAGGCAGCCAUACACGCGAGAGCCGUACGCUGCACUAUUGGUUCGCAGAGGAGCUGCCAGCAGCGGAGCGUCCGUCUGUGGCUCAGCUGUUCUUCAGGGAGCUGGUCAGCCCACAAGAAUUCCCCAGGGAUUACGUUGGUUUCAUCAAGAAAGUUAUGAAACUGCUGCAGCAUGGCUUUACUGGUAUCCGGAAAGUGGAAGUUACUCUAAAGCAGCUUGGUACAUCUGACCAACCUCCACCUUCAGCUAGACCCUUAUCUGCAGAUGAGAGCACACUGGGUGCCGUCGCUCCGCUCACAGAAGAACGCAUCAAAGAACUGCUGGAAUCUUCAUUUCCGAACCCGGUGACUGCGGUGGAGCUAGCACGUUCCAACGGCUGGUCCGAGGAGGAAGUGCAGGCGCAGUUGUCACAGCUAACGGAGAAGGGCAUUGCCAAGGCUCUCGAGCACGGUGCAUACACGCGCGCAGUUGCUACCAAAGUGCAGGUUGUGCGUAACAUGCCGGCCAUGGUGCAGUCCAAGCAGCCGACAAUCGCCAUCAUCACCGCACAGUACUGUGAGAAGUUGGCAGUGGACUCCAUGCUAGAUAACCGGGAAACCUUUGUACGGUACACAACAGUCGGUACAUUGGCGAAAGACCCUGUGACUGGCAAGUCGGUGAGCUUCAAGCGUUUUGGAGAAUCAAAUGUCUACACAUUGGGCAACAUUGGAGCACACCGUAUCGUAUGCACAAAGUUGCCAACUGUCGGCCACACACGGGAGGCCAUUACUGCUGCAGGAAAUACAACAACCAGGAUGCUGGGGACUUUCCAGAAAGUGGACCAUGUGUUUUUGGUCGGUGUCGGAGGUGGAGUGCCUCACUACACGGACUACAGGAGGCAUGUCAGGCUCGGCGAUGUUGUUGUUUCGCAUCCUGUUGAUGGCAAGAGGUCAGUUUAUGUCUAUUGUGAGAAUGCUGCAUUAUCGGAGUCUGGUGGGGCAGAGUUUGAGAUAAAGGAAUAUUGUCCAAACAACAUGGGACUGCAGAAGAUUGCUGCCCAGCUGCAGGCAGAGGCAGAAUCCCGGGACGAACCACCGUGGAUGCAGUUGAUGCGGGAAGCAAUAAACUCGUUGCAGUCAGAGUCCGAACACAAUUUCUCUCAGCCUCCCGCUGACUCAGAUAAGCUGUACAUGGCUAUUGGAGAACGGGAUCUCAUAGAAGUGGCCCAUCCAUCCCCACAAGAAGGUGCUGAAAAUCACAGGCGGAAAGGCUGUCCGUGGCUCCACCUGUCUCCCGUUGCAUCCGGGCGGGGCGUAGCUCGUGAUGAAGCACUGAGGCAGCAGCUGGCCCACGAGACGGGGGCACUCGCAUUUGACUCGGAGUUCGAUGCAGUGCUCGAUGCCGUGACUGGGUCAUGCAGAGACAGCUUCCUCGUAGCGCGCGGUAUUGCUGACUACCGCGACGGCGGCCGUCCAGGGGCAGCAGGCUCCCAGUGGCAGCCGUAUGCCGCCCUCGCGGCUGCAGCGGUUGUGCGCUGCAUCGUCGAGAGAGUCCCAGCUGUGUGUGACUAGCAUCUGUACUGAGAGACAACUCUCUUUGCUGGUAAUUUAUUUCAUUAGUCAGUCCAAGACUUCAUUCAAAUUCCUAAUUUUUAUAGAACUUGUUUUGGUCAUAUAGAGGAUAAACUUGGUUUAGAGUUUUAUUCAUUAAUUAUGCAUGAUGACUAGAAAUUACAUUGUAGGACUGUGGUCCUUAAUCACAGCUAUGUGGCUUAAGUUGUUAUAUUUGCCACAUUGUUUGUUUUAUUGAAGACUAGUUGUUGCAUUUAAUUGUAAAUUCAAUACUGGUAACUAAUGCUGAGUUUCGUAAAGAAUAUUCAUUAGUGUGUGUGUGUGUGUGUGUGUGUGUCUGAGUCUAAUAGGGAUAGGUACUUUUUGAUUUUUAAGACUGUGCUGCUCAUCAUAAUUUGCUGUGAAGAGGUCCAAAUAUGUUGUUCCUACUGUCACAUUCAAAAAUUAUCUGUGUUGUAUUGUCUUCUCUUGACUGGCCGGAGAGAUAUAAUUAUAUUUUCCCCAAGUUCAUUUUGCAUGUACUCUCUUCACAGCCUUGUAGUUUAUUAUAUGCUUACUGGAUUUUUUAUUUUGUUAUUAAGUAUACUGGCUCCUGUUUCCUUUGGAAACAGUGUGUUUUAUUAGAGGGAACUGUUACAGCAGAUAUUGGUCCAUAUUUUAAUAUAGGGUAGAGUAUAAGUCAUGAAGAGGAAAGUUAGAAGUACAGAUAAUAUUGUUAUAUAAGUUAUAAGGUGUGCCAGGAUGUAAUUGUAAGGCAGCAAUGUGUAACUGAGGUGCUAACAUUAGACUGGACUAGUACAGUUACAACGAAUGUUUCUUCAAAUUCCGUGCCCCCCCCCCCCCCCCCCCCUCCCAGUCCAUUCCUUCCAUUUACAGACUUUCUAUAAAAGUACCACAAUGUUGUUAGUGAGGAAAGAGUAUUGUGACAUAAUGGACUGAAACAGAGAAGCAGGCCUCUCUCCAAGCUUCACUUGAAAUGCUGUGCUCCAUAUGUAUAUUCUCAGAAAUUUCUUUCUCACUUUAAGGCCUUUGUCUCUUACUAACGGAUUUCUUUAGCAAGAAAUGCCUGUACUAAUAUGUUCCUUAAUAUUUUUGCAUUGCUGGAAUUUACUUUCAGUUGGUGUUCUGUGCUCAGUAUACUGUUCAUUCCACUUAAUAGGUCCUGUAAUUCUUCAUUUAUAUCAUUUCACCCUGAAUCUUAAUCCCACUUCAAAACUUUUCAGUUAUUUCUUACAUUGUUUCUUUGAUGUUGAGAACACCCAUUAUUUCAAUCCAAGCACUUCUGUCUUAUUUUGAGGCAGGUACCAAUGUCAGCUGCAAUUGGACAUUGAAAUAAUUCAAUGUCAAGUGUUGAAAAUUUCUGCUAGAUCAGGACCCAAUCUCAGAUUUCUCACUUCACCCAAGUGCGGUUGCGGCUGAUCUUCGUACGUCCCUCGUAAUAUUGUUAUUUACAGCUGCUGUAUCAAAAACGGAAUAUGUUUGACAGAGCAAACACCACACACACAUACUACUUAUUUCUUACUCUUCUGUUCUUCUUUGAGUCUAGCAUUAAUCAACUUCUCCUCAUCCCAAAAUUUUCUUUUUUGAUAAAAAUAUAAUACCACGAAUUACAUAUGGAUGCCCCUGUAUUUUAUAUGAAAGUAAGUGAAUCGGACACCACCAAUUGCUUAUUCUUGAAGGAGCAGGAUGCUUAAAUUAUGUGAAAAAAAUACUUCCAACUCCUCCAUGUCUGUCCGAACUAGGGAUAAAUGAUGACAGUGGCUCUCUCAAAUAGUGAAGCAAAUAAGAGGAAAGCAACCUAAAGCCGGCCACUGUGGCCUAGUGGGUCUAGGCACUUCAGUCUGGAACCGCGCGACUGCUACAGUCGCAGGUUUGAAUCCUACCUCGGGCAUGGAUGUGUGUGAUGUCCUUAGGUUAGGUUCCAGGGGACUGAUGACCUCAGAUGUUAAGUCCCAUAUUGCUCAGAGCCAUUUGAAUCUUUUUUAAAAACCUCCAAAACUCACUUGUGCUGUAGCCCACAGCUCCGUCGUGUUGGCAGCUCUUUCUACCUCCCUUUUUCACUGAGACAAAAGAAAUUGUACAGGGUACUACAUCAUUCACACAUUAAAGGUUGCUAAUGUAUUAUUGGAGAGCUAUUUACCAGUCAUUAUCUUCCAUACAAUUUGUAGAGUUUGUAUGGGUAUUCUGGAAACUUGAACACUUUCAGUCCUUAAGAACUGGCAUUAGUCAAAUUAAGAGGACAUAAAUUAAAGAGAGUCUGCUUAUAUUUUAGGUAUGGAUAACAUUGUCACACUUUCAAGAUUCAGGUACACAAAAUGUAAACUUUGCCUAGAUUUCCAUUUCACUCCAUUGUGCCACAUCCGUAUUCAGUAACUGCCUCCCAGCACUUCUUUACACAAUGUUCCAAGUUGUUGUUCCGUGAAAACCUAACAGUUAUACCAAUUUGAGGACCUCUAUUUUUCAUAUAGGAUGUAGAUUAGAGAAGUAAAGAAAAAUACAUUUGUGUGUUAACAAUAACAGUUAACAGACUAAAAGCCAGCACAAUUACCUCAUGGAAAUUGAGAUGGGAUCAUUCUGUGUGUCCUAACGUAAGAUUCAUGUUGUGUCUUGCACAAAGCAAAUCUUGUCAUGUAUAAUUAGCACUUUGCCUUCGCAACAAGUACAUAUAAUAUCUAGAGCUAUUCAGAAAAAUUUGAAAUUUGGUCUGGUGUUCAUUUGCACAUUCAGACCACCAUGUUUUCGUGUCCUUGUCCUGACAUACAACAGUAAUAGAUGAUUUCUUACUAAACUCAUUUUAGUUCUUGAGUAUCUACUCUAUAAUUAUAAAAAGAGCACUGAAACUAUUUCCUUGAGAUGUAAUAGAAAUUUUACAGCUGAAAAUUUCCAAAAUAAAUAGAAAAUUGCUGGCUUCUUGUGCAUGAAUAAAAUAGUCUUAAACUUUCAGACUUCUGUGAUGGCAAACAAAAAUUUAGUGAUGUCUAGAGUUUGGGUGACUAACUAGAACUGUAGAAUUUGGAAGGGGAUAAUGUAAGGAAAAAGCAUAUACUAGGACAAAUAAAAUUAUUAAAUAAUUAGCUUCUAUUCAGUGUGACUAAUUGUAAGCAUUUGUUAUAUUGUGUGUUAAAGUUGUUGAAAUACUAUAUGUGAAACCCCUCUUGCCCAGAAAAAGAUAGUAUAUAAAAGGUCAUGUUGUUUUCCUGUUGUUUUUUGCAGCAGAAAAUGCUACACCAUUGUGGUUGUAGAUAUAUUUAUUUUAAUUUUAUUCUUUUUGUGUACCACAGCCAAAUUAUUAUAGACCUGCAUGUGUGCUAGUCGAAUAACAGAGUUUACAUUUAUAUUUUUAGAUUUGAUUUUUAAUUCUUAUUGUUUUCCUUCGAUGUUAUAUUUAUUUUCAGUUACUUAUUUAAUGAUUUGUUUUCUUUUUCACUGCUAAAGGAAUUAACUUAGUUUUAUUUUAUAAGGCUGUUUUGUUUUUAUUACAGGCUUAAUUAUACUGUUACCAAGAAUCUCCUUAGUAAUAGAACUUUGUAACUGUAGUUUUGAUGUUAAAGAAAAAGCUGUAUUCUCAGAGAGCAUAAGAUACAGGAAAAUGAACAGUAGAGCACAAAAAAACUAAUUCAGUUAAUCUUUAAGAACAUCCAAGAUGAGACCUUAUUUUGUCCAUAUUUUAUGCAACCUACAGUUUUGACUCAAAUAUUUAAAUUGAUCAUAACUAAUGUUCUUAUGUACUUGGCAUAAACAAGAGCCCUGUUAUUCAUGCAAUUGUGUGUGCCAUAAACUUACAACUUUUGUUUCCAUAGGCAAAGUGUACAUACUUAUUACUGUCCCAUGUGCAGAAAUUGUUAUGUUUUCAAUAAUUGAUUUAUUCUUAGUUUACAGAAUAUUAUGUAUGCUAUAUAUGCACCUAAGAAGGUUUUUAGUGUGGUUUUGAAUGUCUCUAAACUCUCCUGUUUUGCUGUGUUGUUUGUAUUUGAUACAAUUCUUUAACAAGUGGAUAAGUCUGAUUUGUUUACCAAAGCUGUUUGCUUAAUACUUCAGCACAACCUGUUUUGAUUUAGAGGGCAGCUGAUACAUGUUUUCUUCUUAUGAUGGAAGCCCGUUAAGUAUACAAAUUAGGUUGAUAACAUUAAGUCAGCUAGCAAAGAUUUGUCACAGUGUUUAUGCUGUAUAGGAAAUAAUGCUUCGCUUCAAAGUUUUGACCAUUCUGAAUAUUUUUACUGUGUUUGAGUGGAGCCAUAUUUUAUGCUGCAACACUACACAUAAAUAACAAAAUUGAGUACAUCUUAUAUCAAAAGCAUACUUGAAGACAGCUGACAGAUUGGGAAUCUUACAAAUGGUGGUAAAGAAGCACAUCAAACACUGUUGCUGAAAUGUUUAUAUUGGGACAUCAGUUAGAGUACCUGUAAUACUAGCAGUUAAUGAACAUUUCUAACUGGAUUGUAUGUUGUUCAGAUUUUGAGGUGGUAUUUAUUUUUUUAAUAGAUAGUCAGUGUGUAUUUUGAUGGAAAUACUGCUGAUGCCUUCAUGUGAUAAACCACAUUUUAUUGUUGUCAUGUGUGUCAAUUACAAUAAAUGGAUCCAUUUAAAGUGUUGUUUAAGUGGAAACUGUAAGUUAGUGCUGAAUAAAUCUAAAUUAAUAACAUUGGCUUAGUAGUUUGCAUUAGAACCAAAGAUAAUUGUGUUUAACAAUUAAUGACUUAACAUUACCAUAUAAAAUUUAUCAAAACUUAAAGAUCCCUUGCUGUUUGCAGUGUUUUCCCACAUUUAGAAACAGGUGGUAAAAGAGUGAUUGUUGUGCAGUAAUACUGCCUGUCAGGAGGGCUUAUUAGCAUGUUAGUACAGGUACCUUAGGACCAUGGGAAGGGGCUAAAAGACUAUUUUGGAUAUUGCCAAAAUAAUUCGAAAUUCUAUAUCUAUGUUAAAUGUAGCCCCUCACCUCUCUCUUCCCUGCUCUCUGUCCUCCAUCCCUUCCAGUCUGUUUUUCUGUCAUCACAAAAUUAAAUGACUUGCUUAUUUUGUGGCUUAUUGCAGUUUUCUUUCUCUUUUUCUGCUGAAGAGAUUACAGUUUGUAUUCAGUUUGAAAUGUUUUUAUACUUUUGUUUUAUUCAUGUGUGUGUGUGUUCUGUUGUGAAGCAUAUUCACAUAAGGUUGCCAGGCAAAUGUAAUAUAUCUUCUACAUUACAUGAGAUAUCAGUGACAGCUAGAAAUACGUGAAUUACCCAAAUGAAAGAUACAUGUCUCCUGGGGCCAAGCGUAUCAUCUUAAUUUAGAGAGUGCUAACAAAUUAUAUCUAAUGUAGAACAGAACACAGUUGUAGGCUUUUUAUCUGAUGACACAUAACUGAAACUAUUCUAUACAAAAAUAGACCUUACCACUUAUAUCUUCCAUCCUCAGCUUGCCAACAGUAUAGUGAAUCAUAGCAACCUUUUACACAAACUGUGUUGAUAAAAUUAUGGUUUUAAAUUUACGACUGACUUACUUUUGUAGGUAAACGUUCUUAUUUUCUUCUUAGGAUAUGCACUGCAAGUUUUGUAUGUAGGUUAUGUGGUGCUUUGUUUCAGUGAUUUAUUAAACCCUGUCUAUUGACUGCAUAAGAGUACAAGAAACUGAAAUGUAAGGAAAGUUAAGCAACCAGAGAAUUUUUUUUAAAAAUAAUCCAAGUUUUACAUUACACAAGAAUAUUAAUUCCAGGCUACAAAUCAAUUAGGGAAACUUAAUAUAUUUGAAAUUAAUUCAGUUCUGUGGAAAAAUUAUACCUUUUUAUUAAGAUAUUGAGAAAUUAGUUAAUGAGACACACUGAAAAGUCUCUAGUCCCAUGAAAUUCUUGUACAGUGCAAAAGAGUGACAAUGUAUGGGAAGAUGAAGGCUCUACUUCUAAGGAAAUAGAAGAGAUAUUACCGGAAUGACUUGUCAUGUUUAAUUCAGCAAGGAUAGUGGACUGUGUAAGAAGAAUUUGAUAUGUCUGAAGUGUUGCUACUAAAAAACAAAAUAGUCUUUCUUUUCAGUAAAUAUUUUCUGAUAUUAUCUUUUACUGUGCUUAUUUCUUAAAGACUUAAGAACUCUAAAGUUCUGUUUUCUAUUUUACUUUCUACUGUUUCUGUUAAUGCUUGCAUCAAAGUGCACUAAAUUCCUUCUUAAUUAUUGUGUAACACAGCUAAUGGUCUGUCUCUAAUGUUUCCAUUUUCAGUAGUCCAUUAAAGUCUAAAUUUAAAUUCCAUUUUUUUAAAGCUAAAUUAACACUAUUUGUGAAAAAUAAGUGACAACCUUACAUGAUUGAACAGUCAGUAGUGUCAGUUAUUUGUGAAUUUUAUACAGUGAUAUGUACAUUGCAGUUUCAUUUUGCUACUUGCAUUACACAUUGGUUAAAAAUUAAGACAACAUUUGUGUGAUUGAUGUUAAUAUUUUUACAAUAAUGGGAAAAGAAUUUUUUAAUGAGAGCAUACCAGCAUUCACAUAAGGAAUUCAGGGAAAUUUGAAAUCAGGCUGGUGGUCUGUAGAAUUCUAUCAGCCUGUCUACGAAUAUGAGACUGGUAUCUUUUUCCGCCUGUUGUCAGAAAUAUAUUUUGAGAGUUUUAAUGCAAACUGCUAACUUUGUGUGGCCUAGUUUUUGUUUAUCAGAAUACAAAUAAAUUGUGCAAAGGAAGUAAGACACUGAACAUAAUCAAAUUUUCAUUUUGAUAUAUAGUACCACACUUACAACUUUGAGCCAACCUUCUUUUUCAGUUUAAGGCUUCUUUUAUUCCAUGCAGAACUAUGACAAGACUGAUGAAAAUAUUCCUGUGAACAAAUUUCUUUAAACUACAUUUAUGAACUACAGUAUGAAUUAUAACAUUAAAUGCUUAUUUAUACUGUUGCCUUUUGAAAAUAAAUAUAUUUGAGACAGUUUAUUAUUCAAACUGUUUUUGUUGUUCCUUUUUAAAAAUUAACUUUGCUUCGUUUUAUCAAUAGCCAUCAAUUAUGAUGCCUGCUAUUUCAGGAAUAUUGCUUUGCAUAUAAAUAUGUGAAGUGCCAACUAUUUCUUUGUUCAGCAACUUAAUUUUAAUUCUACCCUGCAAGUAAUGUUCUCUCAGGAAUUACACACAUAUGCUGUCAAAGAGUUAACUUGUCUUUCUUGCACAAUUGUUGCAGUUGAUUCUAAUGGCCAAAACAACUCAUCAUCAUAGCAUGAAUUAUAUGUGUCUUUUGGAAACAACAAGUGUGUUAUUUGUUUUCAUCAAUAAGGAAACUAAUUUUUGUGCCCUGAGCACUAAAGUUCAUAUUCACAGGCAACAACUAAACAUUUGAAGUAAUAUUGUGCUUGUGAUUAAGUGAAUGGUCAUGUUAAGGUGGAAGCAAAUUUGUGAACAACUGAGACUUAAUUUGUACAUAGACAAAAAUUAUUUUGCUUUUUUAAUGGACUGUGAUUUUUACAAGUCAUGUUAUUGAUUUUUGUCUUUUUUAACAUAAAAUUUGUAAAAAAAAAAGGAAAUUUAAAAAUAAAGUUGAUUGUAUACAUGUAAUUGAACAGGCAGUGAACUGAACUGUCUAAUAUUCAGUCAAAUUGUCAGAUACUCAGAGAUGCCUAAACAAUACUUACCUUCAUGAUUUAAAAUUCACAGUACUGUUUAUAACACAAAAAUAAAUCUCAGUUGUUGUAAUAGUAGGAUUCUUCAGGGAAGAAAGAGGAAUUAAAUGGAAGGACAAAGGAGAGGGUAACAUCAAUCAAAACUGCUGAACCUUCCUCAACAUAUUCUUCUUUCUUCCCUGAAAGAGUCAUGUAUUCUCCCAAAAUCCAGGAAUACUAUGUUCUACUCUUCUGCAUUGCUGUGAGUUUUACUAGGAAGCUCUGGGCAACAUUGCUAUCCCUCUGUGGCUUUAAUGAGGUCCUGAAUUGAAAUAUCAUUUUAAUACAAAUUACCAGUUGAAUUGUGUUACAGAAUAUUUUAAAUCUAACAUGAAACUGUCUUAAUGUUUUAAGGGCUCAGCAUGUCAGCAUUUAAGAUUUCAAAGAUACGACUAAGUUUAGCAGAAGAUUUAGCGUAGAUAGUGAAGGAAAUGUACUUGUCGAUAUUGGUGUUCAGUGUAGUAAUAAAUACAUAAUUUCCUGAAGCAUUGUUAGACAGAUACGUCUAAAAGAAUUGAAGUAUGAGAUGUGGCAGUUGCUGAAAGUGAUUGGGGCACUGUGUCCAUUAGUUCAUACAGAUGUGGUUAUUGUACAGCAGGGAUUUGCUCUGUUAUCAAAGCACAUUGUUCCAUGGAACCCUCGUCUGUAUCACCUUGUCAUAAUCUCAUCAGCACAUACCUUCUCCAUCCACUUGGAGUGCUUCAUGCCAUGCUUUCGAUUACAUACAGUUUUCUACUAAUUGAAGAUUAUUUGACUGCUGCUUCCAUCAUUGACAUGCUAACUACAACCUGAUUAAAACCACUUGUUACUUUUCACAUGGCACUUCAGUGUCGCCGCAUCAGAUGGCAGGUGUGCUUCAAGUAAGGCAUGCACAAUAAGCAGCAGGUUGCUUACAUGGCCGGAACACAGUUGCACCCACUGCGGACAGCAGCAAUUAAAUGGACUGCCAGUUGUGGCUGACAGUGGAUUAGGUCUGUCUGCUGCACUACCCAAAAAUUGCAAGUGAACUGAUGUUUCAUUGUGAUACCUUGGCAAUGUGUCUCUCACACACUUCCAGUUAGUGUGGUAUGGGUUUUUGUGAGAAAUUUUUCUUCACCUAAUCUGCUGACAAUGUGAUAAUUUUCUGUAAUAUCUGUGUUUGAAAAUGUGCUGGUUCAUUACUGUGAACAGUUAUUGUUUUCAGUGAUGAUGUACUCUUCGCUUUUCACUGAACUUGUGCUCUUGUCAUGUCACUAAUUUUGCUGCCCAGAAAUAUGCAGUGCCAGAUAGUUGUAUAUAGGGCUCUACAAUCGGCAUUGUUACAUUGGAACAUUUUUGUUCACUCCAGAUAUUCAUACUCAAAAUUCAACUCAUUGUAUGGAUUUGAAUGUGUGGAAAUCAGAGACAACAGGCAUGCAUCUGUCAGUUAAGAUUGUUGCUCAAAUAUUAAUGGAUAUGUAAUAAACAGUUUCAGCAUGUGAUUUUUGAAAUAAGCCUGAAAAGUGUGUAAAGUUCUAGGUUACAGUAAUUUUAGAGUGUCGCAUUGGAUAUGACAGAUGAGUAUAGACUGUUGACACCAGCAUACAUUUCUUUUUUCACUUUCCUUCAGUAAAGAUGGUAAAAGGUACUAUUUAACAUGUCUCUGAAGAAACUCUACAGCACCUUAUCAGUUUUCUCAUUCUCUGUUGAUGGUGGGCACUCGUUUGAUCAUUAAAAACUGACUCUCAUUUUAGGAAGAUUAUCUGUUACAUUGUGUUCACUUAUUUAUCUCUAGUACAAUAAGUUUCAGUGAUGCUGUGUGUAUAAAGAACAAUACAAGAUUCCUCAUUCAAUAAAAUUUACUGCUUUUGUUAAUUAAGAUGCUGACUUGCCGCAUGCAUAGUGAUGGAUGUUUCACGGCCACUGUGUCAGGUGUGAAAUUCUGCUGUGGCCACAUAGCGCCUGGCAGCAGCCCUAUGGCUUUCAGUGUGUUAAUACAGCUGUAUUGUGAGCCAGUUCUUUAUCUUCAUUAUAUGGAGGACCCUCAAACUUUCACUUAUAUCUGUUACCAACAAAUCUUAGGAUAUUGCACAGACUGUUGUUCAUCUAAAAUGUUAAUUUUCAUAUGUGGCUCUUUCUGAAGAUAUUGCUACCAUCCCUGUGAGCUAUGAGGAAGAAAAUAGUUGAACUGUUCCCAGUUGUGUAGUAAAUCAAUAGCUGUCCUUUGUUUCAAGUACUGCUGCCAACCUGGACACUAUGCAUCUGAUUUUUACUUUGGGUGAUCACAUUGUUACAGUGGAACUUUUUUUGCAUAAAAAUAUGAUGCACAGAGAGAAGAAAAAGCAUGAAUAUUCUGUGUGUAGCUUAGUUGAAAGAUAGGUGGUUUGUAAGUUCAUCUUUAUUAGUUCAGGCUAUAGAAAUUAGAAACAAAAGGUCAAUUAUUAUUGUUGUUGCAAGACUCAGUACAUUGAAAACCUCAUGUGAAUCUCUCCCCGUGUCUGAAUAUUUGGUCAGGUAAAAAUGUUCCCCUGUUAACAUUGUUAAAGAGCAGUCACACACAUGGGUUAUGUGCUCAACGGGUUAAGGUAGAAAGAGUCCUGCUAUCAAGUUUCUCGUGUAAUUUUCCAAAUAAUAUGUAAAAUAACUUGAUUGUGUGUACCUAGUGAUACAGACAGUGCUAUGUGUGUGUCCAGCUUGGCAGAGAGUUACAGAUUCAAACAGCACAAUUUUGUGUAUACAUGUCAAAGGCUUCUGCUACAUACAUGCACCAUUUAGAUACACAUGGAAAAAAAGCAAGAUCCUAAUAGUCUCUUAAAAUUUACAGUGCCAUAGUUGCACUUACAUUAGUGGUCUAAGUGAUCGAUAUAUAACCUCUUACAUGUUACCUAUUUAAUUAUAACUACUUCACCUACUGAGAUUCAGUCCAUGGAAAUUGCCUGAAACUAUUCUUAUGCUAAAUGAAACACACUGCAAAUGUUGUUGUAAUUUGUGUUCACAUAUAUUUUCUUUUUUCUGUCAUCCCAUACACUUAGAUAUAUGCCUUAAAUAUUUGGUUACUAUUCGUUGAAUUGGUUAGACAAAAUAUGCGAAUUUUGAUGUUUGGAAUAUUAUUGCAUGUAAAUAUUGCUCAAUUUAUUUACACUGUGGCCUAGAUGUUGAAGCUGGUGAUAACAGCACAAACUCUCAUUACAGACUGAUAUUGUUAUCAGCUUCAAUUUUUUUAAGCUGGUGUGAGCUAAUGUAGCAAUAGAGGUUUUUCUUCAAAUGUUUUACAGUGGCCAUUGACUUGGGUGAUUGAAUUUAAAUAACUGCAACGUAACAUCGACUUACAUGAGUCAGUGGAUCCUUCUUACCUGUAAUCUGGAGCACUUCUUCCUUGGUCAGUAAUCUUCACACAGUUCCAAUCUUAGCAACUUAUCUGAAUCACUGAGUGGAAAAAGAAUUAACAUGAAAACACACUUGAUAAGACAUACUCAAAUAUUAUUCUAACUGUUACAAAUAUGAGAAACAAGUACAAUCCUCACCACUGUAUACGAAAGAAAAACAAGCAUAAAAAUGUGUCCGUAUUAAUUUACUGAAUACUCACUGUUGUUAUUGUCUUUCAAAAUUGUGAUGUUUUGUGUGAAUGUUCCUCACUGUUAUACAUAUUUUUUCCAUGCAGCUAACUGCAUUUCUGUAAGUCAGAAAUAAAAGUUAAACAUGUUAAAUAAAAGUUUGUCAACAGAAAG